AUGCCUUUCGGCCUAAAGAAUGCAGGAGCGACCUAUCAGAGAUUGAUGAACGAAACGUUCAGCGAUGCCAUCGGCAAGUACAUCGAAGUAUAUAUGGAUGAUUUGGUGAUUAUGAGCAAGGAAGAAAGCAUGAUGCUGGUGAACAUCCAAAAGACUUUCAACACACUGCGCAGCAUAAGCAUCAAGCUAAAUGCAGCAAAAUGCUCUUUCGGUAUGGAAGAAGGGAAAUUCUUAGGUUUCAUCGUCACAAAAGAUGGCUUCAAAGUAAAUCCAGAAAAAGUUCAAGCGAUCGAAAGAAUGCCUUCCCCAUCAAACAUCAAAGAGAUGCAAAAGUUAGCAGGACGGUUAGCAGCACUCAAUCGUUUUCUAGCUAAUCAUGCCGCAAAAUCCUUUCCGUUCAUCAAAACAUUGCGCAACUGUAUGAAGAAAAGCCAAUUUCAGUGGACUCCAGAAGCGGAGAGCGCGUUCCGCGAGAUGAAAGACUGUCUCAUCAAGCUGGCAACACUAACUACACCAAUCAAAGGAGAACCCUUGGUACUAUAUUUGUCAGCUUCUGAUAGAGCAGUUGGAGCAGUACUACUUGUCGAUCGUCAAGGAAGGCUAGCCAAAUGGGCAAUAGAACUUGGCGGUCACAACGUGGUUUUCAGUUCAAGGCCAGCCAUCAAAGGCCAAGUGUUGGCAGAUUUCAUGACAGAGGUACCUGACGAUAAGGAUCGAGAAUGUAAAGCAAUGGAAAAGGCCGAAAAGCAACAAGUAGAAGAACCGUGGUUGUUAUACACAGAUGGCGUGUCUAACGAAGACGGCGCAGGAGCAGGGCUUCGGCUGGUAAGCCCCGACAAGCAUGAGUUCACGUACGCGAUGCGUCUAGACUUCAAGAGUACGAACAAUGAAGCCGAAUAUGAAGCUUUUCUUGCGGGCUUAAGAUUAGCAAUCAAAAUGGGAGUCAAACAUAUCGAAGCGCACGUGGAUUCCAUGUUAGUGGCCGGGCAAAUCAACGGUCAGUACGAAGCCAAAGGAGAUGUAAUAGCGCUCUAUCUGGGCCAAGCAAAAACGUUGCUACAAACCUUCUAUUCCUACAAGGUGCACCACAUAAACAGGAGCGAGAACAAACCAGCAGAUGCGCUGAGUAAACUCGCAUCUACAAGUUUUCAACACCUGGCAAAGGAUGUGCGCAUAGAAGUUUUGAGCAACCCAUCCGUGCCACUCAGAGAAGUAAGCGUCAUCCAGACGGGGACAACGUCUUGGAUGACUCCGAUAAUCAUGUACCUUCAAUCCGGGAUACUCCCUAAGAACAAAGCUGAGGCGCGGAAGAUCUAG